AUGUCCGGCUUCGCGGUGUACAUCGCGGUGGAGCUGGCCAUCGCCGUGCUGGCCAUCCUGGGCAACGUGCUGGUGUGCUGGGCCGUGUGGCUCAACAGCAACCUGCAGAACGUCACCAACUACUUCGUGGCGUCGCUGGCCGCGGCCGACAUCGCCGUGGGGGUGCUCGCCAUCCCCUUCGCCGUGACCCUGAGCACCGGCUUCUGCGCCGCCUGCCACAGCUGCCUCUUCUUUGCCUGCUUCGUCCUGGUGCUCACGCAGAGCUCCAUCUUCAGCCUGCUGGCCAUCGCCAUUGACCGCUACAUCGCCAUCCGAAUCCCGCUCCGGUACAACGGCUUGGUGACGGGCACGCGGGCCAAGGGCAUCAUCGCCAUCUGCUGGGUGCUGUCCUUCGCCAUCGGCCUGACGCCCAUGCUGGGCUGGAACAACUGCAGCCAGCAGGAGGGCCGGAACGGCUCCCAGGCCUGCAGGGCGGGCCAGGUGGCCUGUCUCUUCGAGGACGUGGUGCCCAUGGACUACAUGGUCUACUACAACUUCUUCGCUUGCGUGCUGGUGCCGCUGCUGCUCAUGCUGGGCGUCUAUCUGCGCAUCUUCCUGGCGGCGCGGCGGCAGCUGAAGCAGACGGAGAGCCAGCCGCCGCCGCCGGGCGAGCGGGCGCGGUCCACGCUGCAGAAGGAGGUGCACGCCGCCAAGUCGCUGGCCAUCAUCGUGGGGCUCUUCGCCCUGUGCUGGCUGCCUCUGCACGUCAUCAACUGCUUCACCUUCUUCUGCCCCUCGUGUGGCCACGCCCCGGCCUGGCUCAUGUACCUGACCAUCGUCCUGUCGCACGGCAACUCGGUGGUCAACCCCUUCAUCUACGCCUACCGCAUCCGCGAGUUCCGCCACACCUUCCGCAGGAUCGUGCGCAGCCACGUGCUGCGGCGGCGGCAGCGGCGCGAGCCCUGCAAGGCGGGGGGCCCCGGUGCCCGCGCCCUGGCGGCUCACGACGCGGAGCGCGUGGGUCUCCGCCUCAACGGCCAUCCCCCCGGCAGCGUCUGGGCCAACGGCAGCGCCCCCCGGCCCGAUGGCCCCGCCCUGGCGCUGCUCAGCGGGUCCCAGCGGGACGUGCAGCUCCAGGGCGGGCACCCAGAGUCCCCGGGCCCCCGGGGCCCCCGGGGCGGAGCGGGAGUAUCCUGA